GCGGCGAACAGCGGCAAAGCGAGCGGCGCGGCGGUUUGUAUAUCGGGACGCGCGUAGUCGAAAAACGAACGGAACGUAUCAAAAGUACGAAUUUGUACCAAAGUACGCGCAUCCAUCCCGCGCCCGACACGAUGUGAUCGCUUUCCUCGUGCGCGUGUCGUCUCGUGCCAAUUUUAUCGCCAAUCGAGAAGCGACUAGCCGUGCCGGCUGUGCGCUUGUGCGAGCGCGAAGAAUUCCGGGUCCGACCCAAUUUCGGCGCGGCGUGUUACAUUUACGCACUGAAAAUAAUGCACUGACCUCAGUGUGUAAAAUUCGGCGUGUCAUGGCGUUCGUGCGAUGAUGACUUCGACGUUUCGACGACGCUCGUGACAAAACGGCUGUUUUCAUCUUUUGAUCGGCGGCUUCGUCAUCGAAGAAAUCGGGCGGGAAAUCGAGCGAAAUUGCGACGACGAGAGCGGCGUUUUCACGACCGGCUUCGCGGCGAAAAGAAGAUAAAACUUCGGAGCGGAGAGAGAGCGGAGUUCGCGCGCAAACACACAUCGGAUCAUUUUUUGGCGCUACUGGAGACGCGUCGCUACGAAGUUGAUCGCGCGAACGGAAUCGCGUCGCGAUUGUGGAUCCCAUUAGAUACUCGUAAAUAGGUUGAAAUCUUGAAACACGUGACUUGGCUGGAAGAGGAAUGAUCUGUUUUCAAACAGCAAACGAUUGUCGAGAACACAAUAGAUCUGACGACGUGAUACAAAGGUACGACGACAUCGAUCGUAAAUCGAUCAGUGAAAUUUUAAUGCGAAAAUCGAGACCUGCGAAUAGACAAUUGAAACAAUUUGAAUAGCCGAGAAAAAAAAUAGAGAUCUGAUAAUAACACAUGAGGUCACUGUCAAUGAAAACAUAUAUCGAUAACUCGCAUCACAUUGAUGUCAAAGACUGAAUCUUCUUGUUAAAAAAUCUAUUAGAUCUGCGAUAUAAUAAAGGCACUGAACAACGGAAGAAGUAUUGAAUGCUUUUUUUUCUUACAAAAUAUUAUCUGACAAUAUAAAGAAUAUAAAAAGACAGAGAAACGUUCUUUUGAAAAUCGAACGCAAUUCACGACCGAGCGAAGUUGAUAAUCUGAUCGAAGUGAGGUCGUCGACGACUUCGGCAAAGCACUCGACUUCAACAAGUAUCUAAAACAACGCAGAAGAAGUGCAUCUUCUUUCACGAGAGAGAGAGAGAGCGUCAGAGAUCUGCGGCGGAAAAUUCACGAGCGACAAAAAUGGGGGUCAAGAACUUCAUCAUGAAGAGGAUUCCCUUCUGCAAGAAGAUGAAGGCGAAGCGGAAAUAUCAUAGCACGAAUGGAACAGCACCGGUGCAAAAUGCGGUCCAGACGGACCAUCCGACAACAGAUUCCGACAACGCCAGCAUCGGAAGCGGCAAUUCGAAUCUCAGUACUGGCGCACUCCAGAACAUCAGAGACAAAAUGGCGGCAUCUUUGGAAAGGAUAAAGGAGCUGGAGGAACAGGUCAAGGCGAUUGCCAUGCUGCAGGUGCAAGUCUCGGUGCUGAAAGAGGAGAAGCGCAAUCUCGUGCGGCAAGUGGACGAGCUGAGCAAAAUAAAUUCCACCAACGACCUAUUGAAUGGCAGCCUAUUCCCGGAAGCGCGCAGCGCAGUUAUGCGAAAACUGAGCUACUCCAGCGAGUCCACCGUGUCCAGCAAAGACAUAGGAACCAUGUGCGGUCACGUGAUGACGAGAGACGUCGGGAUUUCGCAUCAGCCGGUUCGAACGAGGGACGUCGGUUUGUUAGUGACGAGCACGCCAAUCAAACCGAACAAAUCGUUGCAAAUAAGUAAGACGCUAAUCGAAGAAAUCUUACCCAAUGAAAGCAUUCUGUCGAACGGGGAUGACAUGUAUAUACCGAAACUCGAGAAGAACGACGAAACGUUCAGUCUUAAAACAUUACAAGAAAUUGGCACCAACACGGAUGGGACAUUCAAUAGUUCGUGUUUACAUUUCACGAAAGAGGUCAAGAAAAGUUCCUGCAGUACUGAGACGGAAUUAAGUAUGAAAGACAUUCUGACGAAGGACGAAGUCUCGACUCUUAUUGAGGAAGCUAUAAAGACUUAUAAGAAGAGAAGCUACGGGAGUCCGAGAACCACUCUGUCCAGAGGCGUUCAGUGUAUCCUGAAAUCGCCCGUCGAGAAGCGAGAACAAGCGAUUCAAGUGACCGAACAAUUCAAGAUGCGCUCGCACGUGAGCGUAACCGCCAAGCCGAUAACGACAGAAGUUGGGACGGAGGUCAGAAUAGGUCCUUCCACCAGAAGCGUGUGCGUCGGACCGGAUCUGAUUGACGUUCAGUCACCGGUGUCGUUGAACUUGAUGAACUCGAGGAACCAUUCGUCCAAGUACAACGACGCGAAGACCAAGACGAAGAGCAGAUCGGUUGGAUUGAUGGUGGACGAUCUGUUGAAAACUACCUCGCGGGGCAUCGACACUUCCGAGCUCACUCCCAAAUACAAGGAUGCCAGCACCUCGACGAUAAAGAAGAAAUUCGUCGACGUGUCGGUCGGCGAUUCCGUGAGGCCGCACAUCUCCAUCUCCUGCGCGGCUAAUUACUGCGACAAUUGCAAGGAGACGAUCAAGAGUCUGGCGAAACAGAUGACAAACAGCACGGAGAACAUUCUGAAUCAUCAGAACAGCAACUCAGUCUCUAGAAUUCCACGACCGUCUCAUAUACCUCUGAACAUCAACGAUCACAGAAGAUUGCUGAAGCGCCAGGACACGUACACGAAGAAUCUGGUGACCGGUGUGAUACGAUACGACACGGAUAACAAGGAGCAGUACGACAGCAGCAAUCGAUUAAAAGAAAUAAACAUUCAGCAAUCUGAGAAGAGCAAGGAUGAUAAGAAUGCAACGUUUACGAUACACAGCGCAGAGAAGGAAGCUGAUAACGAGGAGAAGUCCGAGCUACCGGAAUCAGCUCUGUUCCAACCGAUUCAAGACAAGCCCAGGAAAAAGGUCGAACCUUCGAAGGAGAUGCAGGCCGCCAUGAAGGUGCUGAACGACAGUCUGAAGAAGUCGCCCAGCAGAAACAUAUCGCAUCAGCUCAAGAACGCCACGAACAUCAUCCAACUAGAGUGGUUCAAGAUAUCCAGCACAUCUAGCGCGAAUCCGUUAGAUGUCGAGGAUUACCUGGACUGCUUCGAGGAAUGCUCCGGCACUCUGUUGGAGUACAUCGUCAACAUGACGGACUCAAGCGGAAACACGGCGAUGCACUACGCGGUCUCUCACGGCAACUUCGACGUGGUGUCCAUACUGCUGGAUUCCAAGGUCUGCGACAUCAACAAGACGAACUCGGCGGGAUACACGGUUGUGAUGUUGGCUGCGCUAGCUGACUUCAGAAAUUCCACGCACAUCUCGGUGGCGAACAGAUUGUUCCAGAUGGCGGACGUGAACAUUCGAGCAAAAGCGCACGGGCAAACUGCGCUGAUGCUGGCGGCGUCGCACGGACGUAAAGACAUAACGCAGCUGCUCCUGGACGCCGGAGCCGCGGUCAAUAUCCAGGACAAAGAUGGCAGCACGGCCCUGAUGUGCGCCGCGGAACACAAUCACAUUGACGUUGUGAGACAGCUUCUCGCGCAUCCGGACUGCGACCCGUCGAUCGUCGACGAGGACGGCUGUUCGGCUCUGAAGAUCGCUCUCGAAGCGGGCAAUCGGGAUAUCGGGGUGUUGCUCUACGCUCACGAGCACGUGAACCGCGGCAUUAGCCCGUAUUCGACUCUGAGACGCAGCAGAAGAGGUUCCAAGCCGACGACACCAACCGGACCGUCCCCGUCGGCUCCGGCCAGCCCAGCACCGUCGCGACGCAUUCACUCGAGCAACCCUUCUUUCGCCACAUCGAAAUAUCCCAAAUAAUUCGUGCAUACGAUACGUAGCAGGCUUUUUUUUCCGAUACGUCGUGAAAGAGCGUAUCUUCUCUUCGUGCACUUUUCGAUUUGAUAGCAAUCGAAUCGCAGUAAUCUUGCAUUUAAAAAAACGUAAUUUUACUUCAUUUUCUUUUCUUUUUUUUUUCUGUUUAAUUUUGUUUUCUAAAAAGAAUUGAUAAUAUUAUUUAAUAAUGCAUUACAAAAUGUAAUACAAUGAUAAUUCUCAUAUCAUUCGCGAGGAGCACAUGAUAUGAAGGAAGUCUUCUUGCCUAACGAUUCAAUUUCUUGUCUUGACGGGAUUGUGUUGUACAAUUUUAGGAAGUCCGAACACACAAACAAAACCGAUGCUCAACAACAGUGUACAUAUGUAUGUCUAUUCAGGGUAACGUUGGAAAAUCUUGUAGUUUAGUUCGUAGACGUAAUUUUUAGUAAAAAAAAAACAUCCAUUAAGCAGAUGCUGUCGAGAGUAUUUGGAUAAAUAUCUUUCAUAUCCUUUACAAAUUUUAUAUUAAUCUUGAUUGUGCGUAGCUCAUCCUUGAGAAAACGUGAGUUUUUUCUCUUUAAACAGGAUGCGAGAGUACAAAAUCUUCAACACUCGUGACAGUCCAGAGAGAGAGAGAGAGAAAAAAAAUAGAUCGAUGUUUGUUUUUCUUUGUUUUCGUUAGUAUUCUGUGGUGUUAAAAACAUUCCAAAAACAAAUAGUCGAUGAUCCGAGAGAUCCUUAGGAUUUUAUAGAUAUGUAUUUGGACUGGUAAAAAAUAUGUUACAGUUUCUGUAUCAAAACUGUAAUAUUUGCGGAGACGAAGUUAGACGGAAAAAACAUGUCCUCCUACAUCCUCUCGCUGGAGAGAAAUGCACUGAAAAAAAUCCUCUGCCGGACACUUAAAAAAAAAAAAAAAUCCAAAAAAAUAUGUUUCUCUAUUUAAUCGUUCGAACGCAGAUUUGUGUUUUUAUUUCCAGUCCAUAUAUAUUUAUAAGAGGUCUAUGGAGAAAAAACAUUUAAAAACUUUGCGAAAUAUUGAUACACAGAAGGCGGAAAGUUGCGCAUAAAAACUUUUCAGGCCUAAUCUCAAAUUACUCCUUGGGAUCAAAUUAUCGGUAGAGUAAUCGUAUACUGAUGUACGUUAGAGAGAAGGAAUAUUACGUUAGCAACACACACAGACACACGUGUAAUAAUAAAAUCACAUACACAUGUUUUAUGGCAGUGUGAGAUCUCCUUACGGUUUGCGAACGUUUAUCGGCGUUUUCACACGCGAACGAAACAUCAAACGUACUUAUCGCUAUAUAUUUAUAUAUAUAUAUAUAUUCUACGUUGAGACUGUAGAAAUGUUAGAGAGAGAAUUGUAUACAUAGAGAAAUAUAUACACGUAUGUAGUUGCGAAAAGAUUUAUAUAUGAAAGAAACAUUGUUUUUUCGAAAACUCUUGUUGUACGGGUUUUCAGAUCGAAAACUUUAUAUAAGCGAUAAUAUCGAGAUGUUGAUGUUUAUUUUGAUCGAACAAAAAUCGUGUCGUAACACAAUAAUUAAAUAUAUAUACAUAUAUAUAUAUAUAUAAAUUAUUAUUAGAAAUUGCGUCCCGCGCGUUUACGUGAAAGAGAGAGGAUGAUGAACAAAUACGAUGUGAGCGUUUUUUCUUAUAUAGGGUUGUGAAUAGAUAGUUCUGUACAAUUAAAUUAUUUAAGUUUUUCCCGAGAGAUCAAAGAGCUAAGUUGACGUUAUUACUAAGUGUUUCUCACCGUCUUCGAAAGUAAUUAUCUACGAUUGUUGACGUGAAAUGAUUUAUUUGCAUAUCGAAAGGUAGACAAAUAUAUAUAUAUAUGUACUGAAACACACUGAUAACUUGUAGGGAUCUAGAAAGUAGCGAAAUACUUCUUAUUGUUUGUGCCUUUAUAUAUUUACCGUAUAAUAUUACGAUAGAUAAUAAACUGGAAUACGAGAUUCUAAAA